AUGUCUUUGGUAAGGUCGACGUAUCGGCAGGUUCUCAAGCGGGUUCACAAAGCUUCUCUGAUAUAUGGAGGACCUGAAAAGGUGUGUUUCUCCGUGUUUGGGAUCAUGCUAAGGAUGGAGGACUUCACCGCCGCAGGCUGUGGUGACACACCUCAACAAGUCGUGCGAUCUCUGUUUUUGCGUCCGGGCAUUACUGGUGACGCAGGUGAUAGAGUAUCAAUUCGGCUGGCCUCUGGAUUUGAUGCACUCAGGCGGCUCAGUGAAGCAGUACCAGUGCCCCCCAAAACGCCCUACUAUGCUGUGAAGAGGCAAGGAGAAGACACGACACCACAGAGUGCUUUGUCGGCGUCGGCGUCGCCGUCGGUGAGAGAGAUCAAGGGCGGUGAGACGUUAGCCAGGAUGCCAGGGAAACAUGUGAAACGUGAAGUUGUGACGCCCGCCUCCGAAGACUGUGACGGUGAUGAUGGCAAUGAUUAUGAUGAUGAUGAUGAGGGGGUUUCUUUGGGUGAGGGAACGAUCUUGGUUGAAAGUUCUAUAAGCCAUAACUUGAAAAAAAUUUCACGUCAGGUAUUGGUGUGCAAAAACCCACAACAACUUUCUCCUUACCGCUACAUGAUUCCUCCUGAACCCAUGCACCCUAAAAACACACGAGUUACCUUCAAGUUUCCCCUAAUGCGGGAGGCGAUGCUUUGCAUGGCUGCGUCGACAUGUGCUUCUGCUACUGCUACUACUAGCCCAUUCCGAAGUGCCGCUGGACAGGGUCCAUUGGUACUAGGUAGUUCUAAUAUCACAAGUGAGGAAUAUGGUUUGUUGUGCGCUUCCAUUCCUAUACACACAGUGUCGGUAACAGACCAUAUUGAAGUGAGACUGCGGACAGACUACGUGUGCUCGAGAAAGACUGACGAAAAUGGUGAUGUUACAGGUGACGAAGGUUAUGACACUCCAGAUGAAGAUGAGACCGAUAGCACGGAUUCAAGUACCCUUGACGGUGACACAAAGACGGAGUACAUCUUUCGCUACUUUGUUUCCAUCCGAAACUACAGUCCGCCUCGAAAUAAAAAGAAGUGGCAUGUUCAAUUGCUUUCACGUCAUUUGGUCUUCUUCAAUCCAGAAUCCGGCCUCGUUCUUGAAGUCGUUGGUCCUGGUGUGGGGGGCAACUUACCUAUGUUGGCACCCGGGGAGUCGCACACGUACGAGAGCGGUGCGAGCCUAUGUGAGCCCUCUGGUGUGAUGCGUGGCACGUUUCAGCUCCACGCGUACAACGAGGAGGGGCAGUCGUGCAACAUCGAUGUGCACAUCGCCCCGACGCGUCUUGUCGCGCGACCGCCGCGGGCGUGA